AAUACGGGCGGAGGUGACGCCUAGCUUCCGGUCAGAGCCGAGCAAGGUGGGCGGUGACUAGAAGCUCUUCCGUUUAUUGGGUUGUUGAGCGGGGGCCGACCGACGGCCAGGAGUUUCUUUUCUGCGCUUGUGCGUUUUCUGUUCGGUUUCCUUCCCGCUAGCGGGGCCACGAGGGUUGCUAGGCAACAGCCCCUGGGUGACUUGGUCUUAGGGUCCUGUCCGGCUUGUGGCUGAUGAAAGGAGCUGUCCGCGCCCGGGCUCUUCCGAGAAGUGGUUGCUGACAGCCACAAAGUGAAAGGGAGAGAGGCGGCGUGGACGAGUAAGGAGUGACAGUGAGGAUUCACAUUUGGGUUAUUUCAAGAUGAGCUUCCUACUGCCCAAGCUGACUAGCAAAAAGGAAGUAGACCAGGCGAUAAAAAGUACUGCUGAGAAGGUGUUGGUUCUCAGGUUUGGGAGAGAUGAAGAUCCUGUCUGUCUGCAGCUAGAUGAUAUUCUUUCUAAGACCUCUUCUGACUUAAGUAAAAUGGCUGCCAUAUACCUGGUAGAUGUGGACCAAACUGCAGUUUAUACACAGUAUUUUGACAUCAGUUAUAUUCCAUCUACUGUCUUUUUCUUCAAUGGGCAGCAUAUGAAAGUGGAUUAUGGUGGAGAAGAUCCAGCCCUCAGAAGCAUAAAAGCUGUCCGCAGAACCAGCCCUGCAGGUACUUUAGGAGAAAAGCCAGUCAACUCCUAGUAAUAACAGGUAACAUUGGGAGGGUUCUGUGUGCCAGGCACUGUGCUAUGUGCUUUCUGUGUAUUUACUCAUUUAAUUCUUCAACAGCCCGUAAGCAUUGGGUCUUUUUAUUAUCUAAUAAUCCCGUUUUUUAUAAAUGGGGCACAGAGAGGAUAAGGAACUUGUUCAAGGUAACACAGCUAGCAAAGAGAGGAGCCAGGAUUCAAACCCAGGCCAAGCCCUUGACCACCCUGGGGUGCUACCUCUCCCACAUGACAAACUACACAGAAUUCUCAAGACUCCCUCACAUGUGCUGGGCACAGUGGCUCAUGCCUAUAAUCCCAGCACUUGGGAGGACAUGCUGGAGGAUUGCUUGAAGCCAAGAGUUCAAGGUGAGCCUGGGCAACAUAGGGAGAUCCAUCUCUACAAAAAUAAAAAAAUAAGAAGUUAGCCAGGCAUAGUGGUAUGCACCUAUAGUUCCAGCUACUCAGGGGACUGAGUGGGGAGGAUCACUUGAGCCUGGGAGAGGCUGCAGUGAGCUCUGAUUGCGCCACUGUACUCCAGCCUGGGCAACAGAGCAAGACCCUGUCUCAAAAAUAAAAUAAAAAAGAUUCCCUCACAUAAUCAGCAUCAAGGGCUCACCAUUAGAGUCACUUUUAAGGGUCAUCUGGAGACAGAUCUUUCACUGGGUUAAGGCAUUUCUUACCUGGAAGGGAUAACAAACUUGCUAGCUAACCACAUUAGCCAGGCUAAGGGUGUCAAUUGUACAUGGCUAUGGAAGCCCAUUAAGAACCUUGUGUAUCAGAUUUAAACCAUGAAUGAGGCAGUGAUGCCCAGCAAAGAGGAUAAGGAGGACCUUAAAGCACUGGCACCCAAGGCUGGAGAAGCCUGAGGCUGCAAAGAAUUGAAGGUUUUCUCCAAGCAUGACCCCUGUGUUGGCCUUGGGGGCACUGGAGCAAUCUGAAACCACGUGGACCGUGGCUGGGAAGCACGUUAGGAAACAGAUCAAGUAAACUACCUGACAAAGCAUUUGGGCAAGAGUGCCCUGGGUGCCAGCCAGAUGCAAAGAGGAGUUGAACCAUGCACCCUGGUCAUAGCACAGAUCUCCAGAAGGAAUGGAUUUAAAUGGAGCUCUGCUUUUCAGCAGUCAGUGCAAGAAAUCAGGGACUUGCAUAAACUUGCCAAGCCCCAAAGCAAAUCCCCUUCCACUAAAGAAGCGCUGGGCUUGUCGUAGGAUGUGACCCACUGGAUGCUGGCAGGCGGUUCUUCUGAGAGACUGAGAGAUGCUGGAAAACUCAGCAUCUCAGUGAAUGAUUGAAAGAACAAGGGAGUAAAAGAACAUGAAGGUGGUCCAACCUAUUCACACACACACACCUAUGUGUGUAUAGAUAUUUGUAUAUAUGUGUUUUUAUUUUUAAAUGAUUCUGUCAGGGUCUCAGAUAGAGGUGAAAUUCUAACCUACUCAGAGUCAUUUCUUUUAGGUUCCCAGACCUGGGAUCCACAUUUUUUGCUCUACUGAGGUAGGAAGGUGUCACUAGAUCCAUUAAGAACUGCAAAUUCAACAUCUGUGAGAAUGGUUGAAGCUCAAAAGACUGGCCAGCUUCUCAAAUACCCAGUGACUGAAAUACCUAACUGGCCAGCUUCUCAAAUAGCCAAGGCAGUGCCAAGGUUACUACUCAGGAGAAUGUCUUCCAUGUGCCUGGGGCAGACAGGAAGUGUUCUGACCCUCUGCCCACAGCUUUGUUCCUGUACCCACCAACUCAAGUGAUUAAUGGGGUGGCAGGUGGUGCAGCAGCCAAGUGACCUUCACACACUGUAACUCCUUUUGUUUCCUAUGGGACACUUUCCAGAUGGGGUUUUCAGCACUCAGGAAACCUCUUUGUGGCUGGCAGUAAUGCAAGAAGUGCAGUGUUUAUCCAUUUCCUCUCCUGAAGCCCUGCCCUUUGGAGCCUCGUCCUUGUAUUGCUGCCCCGUCCUUAUAUUGCUGCCCAGGUAUUUCACAAAUUCCAGAUCAUUCCCACACUGUUCCUGCACACACAGCGCUAUGCCCUGUCCCCUGGUGUCCUCUUGCAUGUGACAAGCCACAGUGACUUUAUUUCCUACGUGUCUAACCACAAGGCUCUUACAGAAAUUUUCCCUGACUGCCAAGACUCAUUCAACAUCAUAGGUGGCCCAGACUAGAGGGUAGGUAACAUUAUCAUCUCAGAAUGUUCUUAUGGUGUGUUGGGACCGGAGAUCUGUACCUGGAGGAAAAAGAGAAAUCCUGAAACAUGUUUUAGCCAAGUAGUAAGCACAUAACAUCUCUUCCAAGCAAAUAUAAAACUAUAGUAGACCUCAAUCUGGCUUCUUUAUUAGCUAGGAUUAAAUUUGACUAAGUGACUUAACAGGGAUUAAAGCACACAAGGUCCCAGCCUGGGCAACAGAGUGAAACCCCAUGCCUACAAAAAAUACAAAAAUUAGCCAGGUGUGGUGGCACACACCUGUAGUCCCAGAUGCUCUGGAGGCUGAGGUGGGAGGAUCACUUGAGCCCAGGAGAUUGAGGCUGCAGUGAGCCAUGAUCAUGCCAGUGUACUCCAGCCUGGGUGACAGAGCAAGUGAGACCUCGUCUAAAAAAUUUUUUUGAAAUUUUUAAUUAAACACACACACACACACACACACACACACACACAUACACAAGGUUCUGUUUUCUCAAGUAAAAGAGGUAGGGAAGUAGGCAGACAGAGCUGGUAUUAGUGUCAGCAUUAAGCUGUUUCCAGCUUUUGCCUCCAUCAUCCCUGCAGAAUGACCCUGAUCUUUAGGUCUAAAAUGGAUGCCAGAGCUCCAGCCAUCAUACCCAUAUUCCAGGCAGCAGCAGACUUUCCAGAAACUUCACACAAUACUUUCACAUAUAUGUCAUUGAAUAGAACUUGGUCACUGGACCACAUCCAACUAUACUGGAAAUCAUGAAAUGUCUUUAUGCUGGGAAUCCAGAACAUGGAACCAUUGAUAUGGUUUGGCUGUGUCCCCACCAAAAUCUUAUCUUGAAUUGUAGUUCCCAUAAUCCCCACGUGUCAUGGAAGGGACCUGGUGGAAGGUAAUUGAAUCAGGGGGCAGUUAUCCUCAUGCUGUUCUCAUGAUAGUGAGUUCUCAUGAGAUCUGAUGGUUUUAUAAGGGGCUUUCCCCCAACCUUCACUCUGCACUUCUCAAUCUGCCGCCAUGUGAAGAAGAACAUGUUUGCUUCUCCCUUCCACCAUGAUUGUAAGUUUCCUGAGAACUCCCCAGCCAUGCUGAACUGUGAGUCAAUUAAACCUCUUUCCUUUAUAAAUUACCCAGUCUCAGGUAUGUCUUUAUUAGCAGCAUGAGAAUAGACUAAAACAGCCAUCUACAAGAUAACUGGCCUGAUCUUAUGAGAGGUUACUGUUCUAGAUUAAAAGAAACUAGCUGGGUGCGGUGGCUCAAUGCCUGUAAUCCCAGCACUUUGGCAGGCCAAGGUGGGCGGAUCACCUGAGGUCAGGAGUUUGAGACCAGCUGGCCAGCAUGGUGAAACCCUGUCUCUACU